AAAUGAUUGUGAGUUGAUGAACUGAAGAGAAAGAGAGAGACGAUGAGGUACCUCUCCGACUUUCCCGCAGCGCGCCGCCAAUCGAGAGGGCAUUCGUGCGCCGUCGCCGUGUGUGUUGCAUUGCCGCGCCCAUUGCCGCCGACUCGUCUUCGCGCAUCGUCCUCCACUCGUGCUCGCCCGUCCUCCGCUCGCGCUCGCGCAUUCUUUCCUCAUUCGCGCGCGGUCGAUUCGUCGGUCGUGUUUGCAUGCUGCCACGGACCGGGCUCGUGGUCGCCAUGCAUGAGUCGUCGCCCGCGUGUGCGUUCUGUGCAUUCGCGCUCGCGGUCGGCACUGGCGCUGUCCGACUCGCCUACCUAUUUGCCCGCUCUCAGAGUCUCUGUCUGUCCACCCAGCUACUCAAUCCAGUCCGUCCACCUGCCCAUCUUUCCGAUGGUACCUGCUUUCCCGCCCUCAUGUCCAUGGCCACGGAUCACCUGUCGGCUGUGUUUGCAAGCGGGGCAUUAGUCCUGCGCGCUCACGGUCGGUGCGUGUGUUGUGCUGCACGUCGCCGCGUCCUCUUGCCCACAUUUAGCUCGCUGAC